AUGGGCAUUCUUUCAAAGACAAUAGGGCUUCUGGCUUUACAGAUUGUGGCAAUUCUGACAUUUUCAGCAGGUUUUUUCCCACAGAAAUCGUUUCUGAAGGGCGAUGCUCAGUUUCUACAUCUUCCAGAGGAGCAGCAAGAUGUACAACCACGAUUUGAAAAGCUCGUGCUUGUUGUAAUUGAUGCUUUAAGAGCUGAUUAUCUCUUUCAAGAUGAAAUGAGUCAGUUCAGCUUUGUACAUGGAUUGUUGAAUGAUGGCCAUGCUUGGGGUUAUACUGCAUACUCAAAUCCUCCUACUGUGACACUCCCCAGGUUGAAAGGUAUAACCACAGGAUCUACGCCUAAUUUUUUAGAUGCCAUAUUAAAUGUUGCUGGAGAGGACUCUUCGUCUAGCUUAGAAGAGCAGGACUCUUUGCUGCGACAAUUCCGCAUCAAGCAAAAAACCAUCAACUUCUUUGGUGACGAAACAUGGUUAAAGCUCUUUCCUCGUCACUUUUUUGAUGUAGUCGAUGGCACCAAUUCUUUUUUUGUAAGCGAUUUUGAAGAGGUUGACUAUAACGUUACCAGACAUCUGCCGCGACAACUGGCAUCUCAGGAAUCCUGGGACGUCAUGAUAUUACACUAUUUGGGAUUAGAUCAUAUUGGACAUAAAGGUGGCGCAUUUUCUACAUUUAUGCGUCCUAAGCAUCGCGAAAUGGAUGCCGUAAUCGAGCAGAUCUACAACUCUGUUGACGACAAUACAUUGAUAUGCGUGAUGGGGGAUCAUGGAAUGAAUGACAUGGGAAACCAUGGUGGUUCGUCUGCAGGUGAAACUUCGUCAGCAAUGGCUUUCAUCUCGAAAAAACUAGCAGGGUUCAGCAAACCGGUGGCUCAACGAACUGAGCAUAUUCCUAUAAAAGCCAAAAGUGAAGAUUACAAGUAUUUGACAAAAGUUAAUCAAAUUGACUUCGUUCCCACCGUAGCAACACUUUUCAAUCUUCCCAUACCCAAGAAUAAUAUUGGGGUCUUGAUUCCAGACUUUUUACGCUUGUUCUCGUCGCACGAAGCACAUAUUAAAGUAAUGGAUAACUUUGAGCAAAUCUCAAGUGUUGCUGGGCAACCGUGCAAGGAACUAGGAAGCACCGACGCUCAUAUUGCGAUGAUGAGAGACAUUCAGGCUCGCUUAGCGAAGACUGCAACGAAAUACGAUUAUAAGCUUUUAGGCAUCGGCUUUACAUUACUAGCCUUUGCGACUUUUGGCGUCAGUAAAGUGUGUUUGGAGAGCUUGCAAAUUUCUGUCUCGUUCCUGAUUUUGAUUGUUGUUUGUUUCUUGCUCAGUCUGAGUACGUUUGGGAGCAGUUUCGUGGAGGAAGAGCAUCAAUUGUGGUGGUGGGCAUCCGUAGGGUUUGCACUGAUCUCGCUUGCAAAGGCACCGCGCCAAACAGGUUCCAUUUUCCUGGCCUCCGUCGGCCUCAGAUUUAUUCGUGGCUGGAACAAUAGCGGUCAAAAAUACAUCUACGAGCACACCACCUCAGAACUCCUGAAGACACACAGCGAAUGGCAAUGGAUUCUUAAUGUUUUCACAAUUUUAGGUUCGUCUCUGGUACUUCGUCAACAACCUACAUCCUCCAUCUUGGCAGAUUUCCCACUUUCAGCAUUGUGUCUCGUCUACAAGGCCUCAUGGAGCGUAGCAAAUGGAGAAAAUGUACCUCUUUGGCUACAAAAAGUGGUGUCGAACAUCGUUCCUGGCGUAGCGAACGACUUGAACCCGACGGAGGUCCUUAAAAGUCAACUUGUUCCGAUGGCCAGAAUAUUUUUUUCCUGGGCAAUUGCGCAAGUGUUCAUUGAGCUAAUGGCGCAUAAGAGAGAGUGGCCGCGUCGUCGAACUUUAAUAGAGAGAAUCCAUCCCAUCAUUACGCUGAUUUUGAUAUUCCAAACCCCAUCUACGAAUAUCCCACAGUUUCUGGUGUUCCAAAUCAUUGCUCCUCAAAUAGAAUCGCUAUGGCAUCAGUUGUCAGACUCCAAUGUCACUGCUUUGAUGACCGUUGGGCUGAUUUUACAACAUCUGACGUUUUUUCAAUUCGGAGGUACUAAUUCGAUUGCCACUGUUAGUCUAACUAAUGCGUACAACGGAGUCUCCGAAAAUUACAGUAUUCACGCUGUAGGAUUCCUAAUGUGUUUGAGCAACUUUGCACCCUCGAUCUACUGGUCUACUACAUGUUUAAAGAUGCUAUUGCAACGGCAACCACGAGUUGUACCAAAAAAAUGGCAAUUUUUCGCAAUUUCACGGUUACCAGCGCUAUUUUUUUACUGCAUUUUUGGCUGCUUUCUUCUGGGAUCCUGUUUUAUCCUGCGUUACCACUUGUUUAUCUGGAGUGUGUUCAGUCCCAAGCUGUGCUACUACGUCAGUUGGAACCUUUUCAUGAACGUGGUGAUCGGAUGGACCCUGGAGGCUGUAAUUAUAGCCAUGAGUUGA